GAAGGUCCGCGUUCCGUCGGUUUACGCAUAGGAUGUUCCGACGUUUCGACGAGUGUUCCAAGACGGAGAACGACGAUGGCGGGACCGUCCGAGCUCUUCGAAGCCAUGAAGGGCUUUCAGGGAACAUGGUAUUCGAAACGACAUCCUUAGCUCGCCUCUAGUGGACGCUGGCACAGGAGUCCAGUCUAUCAAAAUUUAGCGAAGUCAGCUAUCAGCAUCCGGACCGUGUUCAGUGUGAUAACCGUGUAGCCGUUGACAAAAAUGGGUGAGGCACUCAUAGUAGUCGAUUAUAAUGGGAAUCAAUAAUCAACAAUUGGCAGUGUCACUCGCGAUUUGUGACACAUAUACUCGGUAAUAACAUGGUUUUGCGUAUACUGAUCGAGCUGAAAAUAGAGCCAGAGUUAACGUGGUACAAAUGAUAAGAUCCGUCUGAUGCAGCGCACAAGUUAGAAGCAGUGUAUAGCUUGUCCAAUCACAUGCUCAGGAUUACUUUUUGUGCACGAUUAUGUUAGCGUUCUGUUUUCUAUUUCAUCAUUGUAGAACUGUUAAAGUUGUGUACUGAGGUUCCUUCUAUAUACUCUUAGAGAAGCGUGUUUCAUAUUCUAUUUUAACGGAACUUUUGAACAAUUGUUAGCGUAAAACAGUGGGUAAUCAAAACAAAAGGUUGCGCAUAUCGAAAAUGCAUUUAACUAUCCAUGUUUGUAUUGAUGGUCUUUUACUUUUGUUAAGAAGUACGGAAGUCGCGCCUGAGAAAGGAUUGAGAAUACCUAUUUUCAAGCGUCUUGAGUUACUGAGUUGAUGCUAUCCUUUUUCGCCAAGUGAACAGUGAAAACUGUUGAUCAAUAUGAAACCUUUAGACCUUAUACCAUGAGGUUCCAGACGACGCGACUCCUGACUCAGUCUGUUUCAGGUAUCGAGAGUCAUCGCACCUAAAUAAUGAAAAAAGAAGGCACCACUGUAUUUGUUUCGUGUUGAUGGAUGCACUUAGGUGGCACCGUUGUUUCUGCAAAUCAAACUUUUUUUGCUAAUCAUCGACGAAAAGAGGCGCUUCUCAGAGUUCAUAGAUGAAACGAUUUGCGUAGUGGCAUGCGAUCCGGGAACGCUCUUCAACCCAUGAGGCCUUAACGCAAGAUUUUUGGUUUGCCGUAAGAUACCCGUUUGGAUUAGCGAAAUACCGACCAACGAUCGUAAGGCUAUCUUCAAAUAUAAAAAAAGUCUUUGCUGUUUUUAUUGAAAACCUAAAUGUCUAAAUUGCUGUGGUUGCUAACAGUGUCUUUUUCGUCUUUUCUGAAUUAUGUCCGAACGACAUUUUAGAAAACAAGAAUGGUCAUGCCUAUGCAGACGAACGAGCUGACAUGUUGUAGGUAGUAAAGGUAAAAGUGGCUGUUGCUAAACAUUACAAGGUUAUCUGCGUAGAACACCAUAUCGAGUUGAGUAUUUCGGUUCUCGACGAUACCAAACGAGUUUAUAAGGAAAACAGAGAAAAGCAGGAGGCUUAGACUGUUAUCGUUAAUCAUUGUAAUGUUUUAAAUGGUGGUUUCAGUUUUGCAAUACCUUGACAUAUUGUGGGGUUGCAGCCUGCUUCUUUUGGAGUAUGUCUUUCAGCAAUUGUAGGAAGCCUGCCUGACCGAUUCAAAAGUGAAUUUUAAUCCCCAGCAUUAAAUCAACAGCCGCGGGUGUCCACAAAUAUAACAUAAAGGAAUAAUUCUUGCCGGCUUGCAUCGAACUAAAUAUGUCCCGAGGAGCGUUAAGCAAUUCAAGCAUCGAGCAGUGGGUCUGAAGACUAUGAUGGUCGGAAAGGAAAAGAUUUCAGGUAGGCGGUAAACCAUAGAUGAGAUCGGAAGUCUGCAGCAGCUAGCAACACCGGGCCAAUUUUUCAGAAUUACCGUCUGGAAUCACAUCGUUGUCUAAAAAAGGAAAAAACACUGACACAACCUCAGUCUCCGCAAAGCUUAAGCAAUAAAACAUGCAACCAACUGUAGAGUGCUUAUCGCAAACACGGAAUGCUGGCGAUGGCAUCCGAGUGACCAUUAUAAACGGGUGUUUGAGUUCAUCAAGGAACGGCCGGUUUGCGGAGCAGGCGCCGUGCGUGGCAGCGCACGCUGGGUAUAUCAAAAUCGUCAACCCACUUCUCCAAGCAAGUGCCGACCCACACGCUGUUACACUGAAAGGACGCACGGCUUUUGACGUCGCUGAGAUAAGACACUACAUGCAAAAAUCGACAACAGAUAAACGUUUCGUACUAUAACGUUCUACCGUAGGCUGAAAAUGCACUCUGUCCUUAAAUUCCUUAGCGGUAACGGCCGGUCAACGGCAAAACUGCUAAUCUUAGGGACACGUUGUGAUAUAGGUUCGAACCCGGCAUAGAACCAGGCAUACACAUACUUUGUUCGGUGCUGCGGGUUAACCGUAGGAUGAAAUGCUUAACUGCAAUACCGAUGCAAAACUCGAGACAUAGAGAGGUCAAUGCCAAAGGAAUCCUGGCCUUGUGCAGGGACUUGUGACUCGCCACAAAACACGAACGCACGCAGGCAGAAAAAGAAGGUUCUGUUGAAUAGUAAAAACCACAAUAAUCCUAGUAUGGCGUAUAUACUGAAAUCAGCGUAGCCAACUCUGAGACUGCUAAUGAAGAUCAAUAUUUGCUUUCGUCUGAUCUUAGCUUGUUAGUGUUUGCAAGAGCAUUGCGUAGCUUUUCAUAUGCGCCUACUUUUAGAAGAAUGUAAUCUUGAAGAGGUGAGAAUAACCGGAGUCGAUGUUGGGAACAAACUUCUCGCUCCCGAUAAGGAAACCAUGGACGAAGACAGUAGCCUGAACUUGCCGAUAGCAGUCUCAAUUAAUAUGGAACAGCUGGCUGAUUUUAGUAGAUUGAAGAUUACGUGGUUAAGUUUUGGUCUUGUCAACGUACUCCACUUAACUGGCUUGCUAGAAUGGGUCAGACAAGUACCCAUUUUAUCUUACCUAUGGAGUUUACCAGCCCUUACCUCGCUUGCUGCUUUGUUAAGGUGGUAUUUGGAAGACCAGUUAAGUAAACGGCCAGUGUGUCCUGAUAAAAAAGGCAUUCUAGUAACUGGAUGCGAUUCUGGCUACGGUUACCUGCUUGCUAAGCGAUUCGCAGGUGAAGGUUUUUACGUGUUUGCGGGAUGUCUCUUCCCCAACGGAAAGGGCGCAGCGUCACUUCGUAUGGACAAAAGGAUUACGGUUUUGACGAUAGACGUAACUAACGAUCAAAGUGUUCAGAGAGCAAUGAAGUUGGUCGAAACACGCCUUGACGAUCUACGACUACAACUUUGGGCAGUCUUGGCGAACGCCGGCAUUGGUUAUUUCUGUCCUCUCGAAUGGACCAACCUAGAAGAUAUGCAGAAACUGUUCGAUAUCAACGUGUUCGGGACGCUUCGAACGAUUAAGGCCGGCCUACCGCGGCUACGACAAAGCAAAGGCCGCGUCGUGGUAACUGCAAGUCUGGGGGCCACAAUUAGCUGGCCGGGCAUUGUCCCGUACUGUAUGUCGAAGGCAGCCAUAAAGAACAUGGUGGAAGGGUUACGACGCGAGCAAGCAUCGUUUGGUGUGGAGUGCAUCACUGUUGAGCCGGGCUUUUACAGUAUCAACAAUGAUCAUAGAAGCCACCACCUCAAGCGUUUUAACGCUUUGCCUCCGCGGGUGAAGCGAGACUACGCGAGCCUACUCGAAGGCGUUGCGGCUCGCUUCGAAUUCAUUGAAGCUGUAGCAUCUCGACAUACCUAUGAACCUCUUGCUGCGUUCCAUCAUGCAGUGACGUCGAUCCGUCCUCGCUCUUCGUAUAUCGUUUUGAGCCCCAACAUAAAACUACUCGUUACUUCCUCGACGCACUUCGCCACUGAACACAUAGACGCUGUCCUUGGAAUCGGUACCAAUCCCAACUUCAUUAAGUGGUUGACAGGUAUAAUGACAAGACGAGACGAGACGGUCCUGUUCAGUGCUUCAAAUAGAAAUUGUUAGUACCAGUUCUAACUGAUAAUAAUUCCACCACAGUGAAUAAUUGACAGAUAUGCAUGUCGAUUUGGACAGGCUCUAAUACCUAAAUACCCAUUGAUUGCUAUGUGAGAUCAUUUGUAUUCUGUGCUGUCUAUGGCGUACACAGUAGGCAAGAGGAUGACUGAUUAGAGUAAAAUGGUCACCAGUUCAAAAUUAGGGUUUUUGUGUUUUUAGAAUUUUUCAGGUAGAAUUUCACUAAUGCUGCCUGAACAGUACAAAUCAUGUUUAGCAGUCUGUGCACUGGAUCUGUAUUGAACUGGAUUUUUUUCUGCACAAAUAAACUUCACAAAGGUGUCAAUAACUCGUUCUCCGUUCAGAGAAAACUAUAGCAACUUCUUUUUCAGUAAUAAUUUGUCAGACGUGCCAUUGCUUGGUAUUCAACCGCUGGUUCAGGAAACUGACCCGUGGCUUCCUGCUUGAUGCCUAGAAACAACGAAUCAGUUUUUCAUACAGAUGUGGC